CACAGAGCAGCCGAGGGAUCGGGAUCCUGACAGCCGGGCGGAGGCGGCGGCGGCGGCGGCGGAGCUGCUCUCCAGUGCACGGCGUGACAGUGAACGAUGACUGUAGCAUGGACAUCUGUAGUCCUGGAUCUCUGGCACACACACGGAGACGGCUCACUGCUCUAGAGGCAGGUGAGGCUGCUCCGCUAAAUGGCUAAGUACCCAGGGGGGGCUCCGUGGAAGAGCAGAGCUCGAGCCCCGCUUUCCUCGGAUGUAUCGCCCUCCCCCUGAGUGAGGGGGACACCUGCAGCCCGGAAUAACGCACCUACAAUGAAGAGCUGCGCUCUUAACUCCUCCUCAUCUCCUGCCGCCUUCUUUUUGGCUCCAUCCUGAACUCCGGGUUUGAAUUUCCUGGCUUGAUUUGGGUCACGACCCUUUUUUCCCCCCCUGCAGUUUUUUUUUUUUUUUUUUUCCUCUUGCAAAUUAAAACUGGGACUAAAUCUCAAAGGGUAACUUAAGGACUUUGCUGUGGCUUCUUCUUAGGGGAUUCGAGCCACAGUGGUGCCGUAGCCAGGUGUGUGCUUGGUCCAGGUUGCUGGGAGGAUGUGGACAAUGUGCGGAUUAUCCCGCAGCCGGCCGUGUGGCUCAGCCCCGGGCAGCAGCGAGUGAAGGGGAGCUGGUGGGUAGGGCACCUAGGUGCAUUCCUCCGGCGUGGAGAUCACCCCGUGAAAGGCUUCCCACUAACACACACAAGCCUCUGGGACAAGCGGAGCACGGACUGCCAGACCCUCUGUACACUCUGGGUCUGAAGGGAUCGGUAGAAGAAUGCUGGUUCCGGGUAUCCGAGGGAAAGAUGGCAUUGCGUUGGCAGAGUGUCGCAGCUGUUAGAUGGUUGCUAUUGAUGCUCCUAUGGCAGUGGACACUGUUGGGCCACCUGGGGUGGGUUCUGGUUCUGGCCACAACACCGGAUCAGAAGCCUUCCUCUGCCUCUGGAGUAGGCCGGUCCAGUGGCCAACUGGACUGGUUGCUGUCUGACAAGGGUCCUUUCCACCGCUGCCCUGAGUACACAGAGUUCAAGGAGCGCUAUCAACAAGGCUUCUCCACUCGCUACAAGAUCUACCGGGAAUUUAGCCACUGGAAAGUGAACAGUUUGGCAACAGAGAAGAGGGAUUUCUUCAAGGCCCCCUUGCCGUUGGCGCCAGAAUUCUUCCGCAACCUGAGGCUCCUGGGCCGCAGGCCAAGUCUGCAGCAAAUCAAUGAGAACCUGAUCAAGAAAUAUGGGACCCACUUCCUGGUGUCAGCCACUCUGGGAGGAGAAGAAUCUCUCACAAUAUUCCUGGACAAGCAGAAGCUCAGCAAGAAGUCAGAGAGCAAUGGGAAUAACUCGAUGGUGUCCUUGGAAAUUUUACACCAGUUAGCAGCAUCCUACUUCACUGACCGGGAGAGCACACUGAGGAGGCUGCACCACCUGCAGAUAGCCACUUCUGCAAUAAAGGUUACAGAAACCAGAACUGGGCCGCUUGGAUGCAGUAACUAUGACAGUCUGGAUUCCGUCAGCUCUGUCUUGGUACACAGCCCUGAGAACAAAAUCCACUUAAAAGGUCUGCAGGAUGUGCUCCCGGAGUUCCUGCGCAGCCGCUUCGUGGAGGCGGCCCUCAGCUACGUGGCCUGCAACUCCGAGGGGGAGUUCCUGUGUCGCAACAACGACUGCUGGUGCCGCUGUUCUACCAAGUUCCCGGACUGCAACUGUCCCUUUGCCGACAUCAGGGUGAUGGAGGACAACUUGCGCCACAGCAAGGAGUCCUGGACCAGCUUCAACAGAGAGUUCCAGGAGUCAGAUGAGUUCAAGUCCUUCCUUAAGAGGCUGCCCACUGAUCGCUUUUUAAAUACGUCAGUGAUCCUCAAGCUGUGGAAUGCAGAUUCGGUUCUUCAGCGUCGCUAUGGGCAACUGGAGGCUAACACCAGACAGCUCCUGAAGAAGGCGCAGAAGAUUGUGAGGAAGCUAUUUACCCUGAGCAAACGCUGCCCCAAACAGCCUGUAAUUAGCCUCCCGAGAGAAAGACCACUAGGCUUCUGGCUGAGUCGCACUCAAUCCCUCCUGUACUGCAGCGAGCAUGGUGGGGUAGGUACCUUUUUGGAGGAGAACCACAGCUGCACUUGCUCCUCAGAGCAUGCAACUUGCCAGGGAACGGUGCCCUGCUCACUGGCUGAAGAGAUGGCCUGCGCCUCAUGUGCGCCAGACAACAUCACCCGCUGUGGCACUUGCCACGUGGGCUACGUGCUCCACCUCGGCACCUGCCGCCCCGACAUCGCCGGGUCACUGGAUCAUUACAUCAUCUUUGACUAUGACAUGCCUGAUGUAGAGGCCAGGUACCUGCUGCAGCGCCUGGACAGCCGCAUGGAGGUGCAUGCAAUCUACAUCAGCAAUGACGUGCGCCUUGGCAGCUGGUUCAACCCUUCCUGGAGGAAGCGCAUGCUGCUCACGCUCAAGAGCAACAAGAACAAAUCAAACCUUAUCCACAUGCUUCUGGGGAUUUCCUUCCAGAUAUGCUCCACCAAAAACAGCACCCUGGAGCCUGUACCUGCCAUUUAUGUCAACCCCUUUGGGGGCAGUCACUCUGAGAGCUGGUUCAUGCCAGUCAACCAACAGGACUUCCCCAACUGGGAAAGAACUAAACUGGAUGCCUCUCUCCAGUGCUACAACUGGACGCUUAUGCUGGGAAACAAGUGGAAGUCCUUCUUUGAAACAGUGCACAUUUAUCUGCGCAGCCGUAUUGUGACUGACGACCCCACCGUAAAUGAGACUAUCUUUUACGAGCCGCUGGACCUGGACGACCGCUCCGCCAACCUGGGAUACAUGAAGAUCAACAGCCUGAAGGUGUUUGGUUAUAGCAUGCACUUUGACCCAGAAGGGAUCAAAGACCUGAUCAUGCAGCUGGACUAUCCAUAUACCCAGGGCUCGCAGAACUCAGCCAUGCUCAUGUUGCUGGAGAUGCGUGACCGCGUCAACCGGCUCACGCCACCAGGCCCUCAGCGUCUGGACCUGUUCUCUUGCCUGCUACGCCACAGGCUCAAGCUCUCCACCAGCGAGGUGGUACGGAUUCGAGACUCCCUGCGUAUGUUCAGCACCAAACUGCCUAAUUCCUCAGAGGAAGAACUAGGUCAGUUGUGCAGCUAGCCUGCCAGUUCUCACCACUCAUGUCCUCUGUCAGAGCUGGCUCUACGAGCAGCAAACAAGCUGAGACUUUGGCACACGUGAAACUUCUGGCACACGUACGUCAUUCCGAGACAUGAGCACAUGAGCAUGUGACCACACAACUGGGACCACUGUGGUACAUGCUGUGUCUAAAGGGAAUCAGAAAUUGGGACAGAUUGCAGACUCUUAAUUACAAAUAAAGUAAAAUAAAAUAAAAUAAAUAACUGGGUUCCAUUUAAACCACAGUUCAUUGAAGAAUGUUUCGUCUUUCAAAAGUUUGCUUCCAACAAGUAGUGAAAAAUAGCUUGAAUAUCAAUAUCUAAACCUGGAAGACGUUCCAAGACGAUCAGUCAGUUAUUAAGCAAGUUUGAAGUUACAAGGCAGAAACUUGGUUUUACACAUAGAAGGCAACACACAAGGCAGUUUAACUGAUAUUUCACAAAGUUCAAGGCUGUAUUUGGUGAUAGUACAAUUAAAUUUGAACGUGAACCUAGAAAUAGCACUGGGUCAGUCUUGUUAUUACAUUACAAGCUUAAAUGUGCAAUGUACUUAAGCUAUCUCUUGUCAUCUUUUAAUCUUUGGAAUCGCUACUUUUUUCAAUUUUAUUUUCGAUGUUUAAAAGAAACAUUUUAUUUAUGAUGGUUUUAUUGCUUGGACCGUUAUUGCAUUCAGAUGUACAUUAGAAACCAAAAGAAGGUUAACGUUGGGCCGUGGUAUAUGGCAAAAUGUCUGUUCACCAUUUUAAUCUUUCUCUUACAGCCAGAUAAUCUAGGAAUAAUAUAAUAUGACAGCAAAAAUUAUUUUCUGGAUUAUUCUGUACAUACUGCUUCACCUUAUUAUCAUAGAUACUUCAAAAUGAUUAUGGUCAAAUACUGAGUUUCCUCAAGUUCAAAUGCCAAAAACAUUUUUAAGGAACAUCAAAUGCCUUAUAAAGUAGAGUCAGUUACCUUCUUGUCAUGAAGCACGCUUUGUCAGUAGUGUAUUUCUUCGGUGGCAUCAAAAGCCCAUCAACAUCUUAUU